CUCCCUCCUGCAGGCCUGCUAGCCCCAACUACCCUUCCCUGGUUUCGCCAUACCGCCGCUGAGCAGAAGCCAAGGAUGGGCCUAUAAAAAUCGCACCAAAACCCAGGCCACCACCCCACUUUUAGCACCACCACCAGCAGCAGCAGCAGCCGCUGCAAGCUCACACAAAGCGAAAGCAGCGGAAGCUCAGGGGCCAAGCAGGAUGAAGCUUCAGGCCACGGCCGCUCUGGCGCUCCUCCUCUUCCUCCUCCUGGCGCCUCCCGCGCUCCGUGUCUCCAUGGCCGGAUCAGGGUUCUGCGACGGCAAGUGCACGACGAGGUGCUCCAAGGCGAGCCGGCACGACGACUGCCUCAAGUACUGCGGGAUCUGCUGCGCCGCCUGCGGCUGCGUGCCGUCCGGGACGGCCGGCCACAAGGACGAGUGCCCCUGCUACCGCGACAUGACCACCGGCCACGGCAACCGUACCAGGCCAAAGUGCCCAUGAUCAUGAGCACUUAGGUUAAGAACCCCCAUACAUGCACGCACACACCAUGACCAUUACCAUGAGCAUGGAUGCAUAUAUGUUUGCGUGGAGAGUUCUGUGCCCUGCUAGUACUCUGCUUGGCACCUGAACCUUCUUGUUUCACUUGCUGCUACUGCUAUGUACAUGGGACAAGAAAUGGGUAAUGGUAUUAGGGUUAUAUACUGGUCAGGUGAUAAUAAUUAAUGAUGUGUAUUGUAAUAAUAAAGCCUUGGCUUAAGAUGAGAUGCUAGUAGAGAUCGUGCUGAUUA